CUGACAGGCCGGGACGCGGUGCGCGCACGGGGCAUGCGUCCCCACGGCGCGUCACUCAGCCACGGAGACACACCCACCGCCUCCCACAUCCACCAUCCAGCCCUGCUCCUCUCCUUCCGUCUAUGCCGUAUAUCCCGGGGCCUGCGGAGAGCGCAAAAGCACCGGGACGGAGGCAUGGACAAACGUCCCGUCACCGACCUCCGCAGCGAGACGAGGCUACUACGCGUCCUUACCCCCUGUUCGAAGAGAGCCCGCAGUGUUAUGACCAUUGCUGGGGAGCAGCCCUACGGCAGCAGGCCAGCGUCCGCCGAGACCAGGCGAGCAGCCUUCACCACGAGGACAUCACCACGGCAUUGCGAUGAUCACACGGAUUACUGUGGAUCUGCGGUGGGAGCACUGAAGAACAACCGUCCACGGAGGAUCAGAGCUGACACGGGUUACAUAUGGUGCCAGGUGUGUGUUUGGAAUGUGGGCAGAAUGAGCAGCACAUUUGUAACAUUAGCUGAAGUAUUGGAGGCUCGAGGAGGACCUCUGCUGGAGGAGGAGGUCUGGUCUCUUCUGCUUGGUGCUGCAGAAUGUUUAGUUGAUGUCUCUUACAAAGGUCACAACAACAUGUGCAAUAUCAUAAGCCCCACCUCCUUGCUGCUGUCAGCCACUGGUACCUUAGCUUUUAAGAACUGUGGCCUAUCAGAUGAGGUAUCUGCCUUUGCUGCUCCAGAGAUGCUGCAGGACCGUGCCAGCUCAACCAAACCUGCCACAGAUAGGAUGCUGGUGUAUUCACUGGGAAUGACUCUCUACUGGUCAGUUGAUUUUCAUCUACCUCAAAAUCAGCCAGUCCAGUUGAGCGACCAUCUAAACAGCCUCCUUCUCAGCAUGUGUGAGGACCUGGCCCACCGCAGGGUAAAUCUCACCUCCAUCCUGGAAGCCUGCGAAUCUCAGCACAAAGCCUCCAUCCUGCUGCCCCCCGCCAAAGUCAUCAGACAGCUCGUGGAGGAGGUUUUCCAUGAAUCGUUGGACCACGGCUCUCUGCCAGACAGUAACGUCCCUCUGAGCGGGAGGAGCCAGAUGAUCAGGGAGAGGCUUCAUGGAAAGAGAGGGCCAUUUUCAGACUUCAGUGACGGAAGUGCUGAAGGGAGAAGGUACUCAACAGAUUCCGAUUCAAAGUCAGGGAGUUUACCUCAAAGACCUUGGAGACAAAGACCAAGAAGUUCUCCCUCACUGUACCAAUCUCCUUUGGAAAGACUCCCUCGAGGGGUGAGACAUAGGGACAGCACCUGCAGCUGGAUUGGUAGGAGCCCCCAUCACGAUUUCUCUCCAAAGGCAUCAGGCAGAUCUCACAGUCCCUCCAUCACUUUCAGUGAAUCCUCCCUCAGCCUGAGCCAGAGAAAAGCUAAGGCUCUGGGUCCUGAGUUCAUAAGAAUGCCCGAUGACCCGCAGGUUUUUCUGGAGCUUCCCGGCUCUAUUGUGUCCAGAAAAGGCCAUUCAAGUUCAUCUCAGAGAGAAGUGACUGUAGUGCUGCCUAACGGACAGUACGUGGUUGUUCGCUGUGACAUUAAAUCCAGAGCAAGAGAUGUGUUUGACAUGGUGGUGGCUCAUGCAAACUUGGUGGAACACUUUUACUUUGGUCUGUCCUUCCUAGAUGAUGAUGAGUAUUUCUUCUUGGAUCACGAAACAAAAAUCUCAAAAGUUGCACCUGACAGCUGGAAAAAAGGGCAGAUAUCCUCCUUUUUGGUGUUCCUCCGAGUCAAAUUUUUUGUCGAUGAUACAGCUUUUAUUCUUCACAAGCUGACUCGUCACCAAUAUUACUUACAACUGCGUAAGGAUAUCCUGGAGGACAGGCUUUACUGUAAUGAGGAGACGGGUUUGUUCCUGGCUGCUCUCGCUCUGCAGGCUGAGUUUGGUGACUAUAUGCCUGAGCUGUAUGGGAAGAAUUAUUACCAACCAGAGCAUUAUGUGUCCAAGAGGAUGCUGGAGAGGCUUGCCCUGCCCAUUGUUAAGGAGGAGUUGCCAAGACUACAUGCAAGUCAUGCCAAUUUGCUACCAGAGGAGGCAGAAACAGAGUAUCUCAAGAUUGCCCAGCAGCUCCCAGAGUAUGGAGUUAUGUUUCAUCGUGUGGGAAGAGAGAAAAGACCGCUGAUAGGAGAGUUAGUUUUGGGAGUCUGUGCCAAAGGAAUCAUUGUGUAUGAGACAAAGAACCACCUGCGAACUGUCACCAGACGCUUUCUGUGGAGGGAAACAGACUCCAUUUCUACUGGGCGACGUAAACUGAUUAUUGAGUGUGGUGGGCCCAGCGGGAAAAAGCACAGUUUUGUGACGGAGAGCUCAAAAAUAGCACAGUACCUCCUGAACCUCUGCUCAGCACAGCACAAGUUUCACAGCGAGAUGACAUCACGACAGCUCAACCACACCAUGAUACCUGAUGAAAACAUAUCUGCCUACCAAGCUCGUAGAAGAAGCCUGAAGCGGAUAUCCUGUUCAGAGGGCAUGUUGAACCAUAUAGGUGUGACCCCCGGUCAACCGGACUCCCUCUCCAAGUCCUGCGAAAACCUAACUGCCAAGCUGGAGGCUCGGCUUCGCCAGCAGAGAGAGAUGAGAAGGGAGAUGAGCCGAGAGCUGAACAAGGAGCCGCCUGAAACAGGAGACAUGAAAGACCGACCGUGUUGGAACAGUCCAGGCCCAAUUCCAAGAAUGAUGUCCAGUAUCUCACUACAGAAGCAAGACUCUGACACCUCAUCUUCCAUGCGAGUUGAUACACCAACCCGGACUCCACCAGAGAGGGAGAUAGUCUGUGUUACCCUUAAGAAAGACCCCAAACUGGGUUUUGGCUUUGUCAUAGUGGGAGAGGACAGUACAGGAAAACUGGACCUUGGGAUUUUCAUCGCUUCUAUUGUGCCUGAAGGGCCAGCGGACAAAGAUGGACGAAUCAAACCUGGAGGACGUCUCAUUUCCCUGAAUAAGACCAGUUUAGAGGGAGUGACUUUCAGUGAUGCCGCUGCCAUCCUGCAAAGCAGUCCUGAUGAGGUGGAGCUCAUCGUGUCUCAGCCGAAAUACUCCCUGAAGGACAGACUGGGAUCCUUGAGUCAAAGUACUCUUGCUUUGUCUAUGGAGAGGAGUUUUGGGUCACAGACUACCCUAAGUGGCCUAGAGUACCGUCCGGCCGCUGAGGAACUGGAGGAGGCCAUUACACUGUCUAACAUGGCAACCCCAAAACAGAGCAGGAAGCUUCCCAUUCCUGUCGUACGAAUACAUGAUGCUCAGGAUGGGUAUGCAAGGUCUCCCUCGAUCUUAAGCCUUAAAGCAGGAGAGCGGUUUGCAUUAGAACUGAAAAAAAGCUUUGGAAGCCUUGGAAUCAGUGUUGCUGGAGGACUGAACACUAAUGUGCGAUAUGGAGGCAUUUACAUCAAGAGUCUGGUCCCUGGGGGUUCUGCGGAUCAGGACGGACGCAUACAGAUAGGUGACAGACUGCUGGAGGUUGAUGGGUCUAACCUGAGGGGGGUGACUCAUCAACAAGCUGUGGAGUGCCUCAAGAGGACCGGGGAGGUGGUGAGCCUGCUGCUGGAAAGAGAGCCCACUGUCGUCUUGGAGCCCAGACCUGACUCGCCCUUUGCUGCCUUGGUCCACAGUGCAUCAUAUACACAGCCCCCCAGGACUGAAAUCUCCAUGGAAACGACCUUGAGUGGUCGAGCCAAGGACUACAGCUUCGUAACUGAUGACAACACUCAUGAAGUGGUACUGAAGAAGAGUCUCUCCGGUCUCGGCUUCAGCUUUUACAUCUCACAACUGAACUCGGCAUCAGAUCGGGGGAGCGUGGUCCGCAUUAAACGUCUGUUCCCAGGACAGCCAGCACUAGAAAGUGGCCUGCUGCGAGAAGGAGAUGUAAUUCUCUCUGUCAACAAGGAGCGUGUCAAAAACCUCUCAUACCAGAGGGUCUUGUUCCUCCUGCGGGGAGCCCCGUCAGAGGUUCAUCUGUUGAUAUGCAGACCAACUGGAGUGCUCUAUGACGUCGAUGAUAACUCUCUGAGUCCCGCACCCGUACGAGAGGUCCGAUCCCGUUCUCUGGACAUCCGGCUUGGGGAAGACUACAGUCAGUUCCUUAAGUAUUCCAGUGAAAUCAGUGUGUGCGUCCAGACGGUGCCCCCCACCCGGGAGGAAGAUCUAACCUUCAGAAUAGAGAAAACAACAUCACAACAACCUCAACAACAUCACAACAACCCUGAGUUUCCAGCAGCUCCACCGCCCCCGGAGAUCCAAAACAGUCUAGUUGUGGAUAUUGAGGAUGAUGACCAGGCUUUUCCGUCUCCACCUCGCACACCGCCCUCACCGACAUCACCCACAUCUCCUCCAUCGCCAAUCUCGCCAGCUUCCCCUGCAUCACCAGCAUCGCCCACUUCACUUCCCUCACCUGGAACUGGCUCUCCACCGCUACCACCUCCACCAGAGCCCUAUCCAGCUGAUGAGGAAGUGAGGGGACAGAAGGACGGAGAAGCUAACAGAAGGAACGUGGAUGUAGAGGAGGUGGUGGCUGCAACAACACUGAGCUCAGCUGUGACGCUGGUAGAUGUUUACUCUAAGACUUCUUCUCAGCCCUUGUAUACCAGUGGAAUCAGAGAGGAGGCAGAUGGAAGUGUGACCUAUUGCCUUAUGGGAAAUGGACUGACCAUCAUGGCAGAUGAAGAGUACCUAACCAUCAGCUCCACGAUGGAGCCCCCUCAAAGCCUCUCGAUUAACACUCCAGUCGUAAACCCUACAGACUUCACCCCUCAAAACUCCAGCAACUUUCACACUCCAAAUGUCAGUUCUCACGCCCCCACUACCAACAUCUCGCCCCUUAACCUCUCAUCUGACACCUCAGCCUCGUGUCCCAUGACCCAGCCACUCACAACACAGCCACCAAAGACCAAGCAUCAUCCCAUCCAGCAAGCACUUCUUCAGAGUCACUACAAGUCCACCUCCAAGAACGUUCGGCCUACAGUGCCUCCACCUCAGCCCCCACCACCAACCCCCAUCACGGCCCAGAUUGUCUCCUCUGUGACUCCCUGUGCUGGAGCAUCCACGCUGCUGUCCACAGUGUUUGUGCCACCUGCCGAGAGCCACACACAGCCCAGAGAAGAACCGGAGGUAAAAGUGAGAGAUUACAAAAAUGAUUAUGAUGAUGAUGAAGAGCUUGAUGAGGAGGAGGAAGAGAGUCGGAGAAAGGGCCUGGUUAAAGAGUUUGAGCUUACAGUGGUUCUGACAAAGUCCAGGGGAGGAAGCUUUGGGUUCACCAUCACUCGAAGCAAGCUGGACAACUGUUAUUACAUACAAGAAAUACUGGACAACCCAGCAAAGGCAGAUGGGCGUCUCAGGGCAGGAGACAGGCUGAUCAUAGUAAAUGGGCACAACGUUACUAAAGUGGCAGAUGAUGUUGCCAUGACAAUUCUCAGGUCAUCUCCAAGAAGACUGAAUAUGACACUGGGGAGAGCAGUUAGCAACCUGGUGGUUGCCCCUUCCUGUGACAGCCUGCCAGACAUCGUUCUCCACAAGACACCUUCAGGACAGCUGGGAAUAAAACUGACAGGUGGCAUAGGCAGUAAAUGGCAGGGCAUCUACUGUUUGGAGGUUGUACCAGGUUCCCCAGCCAGCGAGGAGGGCAGCGUCCAGCCCAAAGACAAGAUCCUGUACAUUUCUGGCAGGUGCACCCUGGGAAUGACUUUAGAGGAUGCAGUCAAAGCAUGUGAGAUCGCCCCUCGUAAGGUUAAGCUUAAAGUAAUCAGAGAAGACCAGCCGGUCACUCCAAAGGCUAAGUGGAACGGUCUGUUUGAGUGGAAAAAGGACAGGAAGUUCUUUACUCGUUUUGAGGAGCCAUCCUCUCCAGAGAGACAGUUUCCUUCUGAAGAUACUGAAGCUGUGUCAAAGACUGGUGGAAGGUUCAGAGGUCUCUCUCUCUCUCAAGAACAGGAUAGUUGCAUCAUGCAAGUGGAAUUUAAAAAACCAGAAGGUGGGGGCCUCGGCUUCGCUUUAAUCGGGGGAACAAAUGGCAGCAUGCUCAGGGUGAAAGAGAUCUGCUCGGGGGGAGCAGCUGAGCAGGACGGUCGACUAAAAGUUGGGGACAUUCUUUUGGAGGUGAACGGUGUGAUCGUGUCCGGGCUCAGCCACAGUAAGGUGGUGGACAUCCUGCGCAAGGCUGAGGGCACCGUUCAGCUCACAAUCUGCAGAGACAUCCUGCCCCUGACCUAUGCUGAGUCACCUACACCACCAAAUAUGUCUGCUCAAACAGAGGCUAUUUUUGCCGAGCAGCCAGCUCCGGUGUCCAGCCCUGAUGCCUGUUCCACACCUGACCUUAUGCUGAGUAGGCCAGUUGAGCAUCCUCCUGAAGUGAAUUCAGACCUGGUGGCUAAUGAAAGAGAGGUUAUCCUUACCUCACCACCCCCCCCACCUCACAGAGUGACUGUUGUAACAGAUGAGGUUUCCGUUGAUGAGGAAAGUUGUAACUCCCCCUCUCAUCAAGCUUGCUGCCCAUCUCUAAAUGUCACUGACAUGUUGCAUGGAGCCUCUGACAGGAAACAAAUUGUGACCAAGCUUUUGGACCAGUCGUGCAAAGACAUCCGGAAAACCCAGACAGAUGGUUGGAGCAGCGAAGAGGAUGAUAACGUAUUUGAAGCCUCAAGUCAGGAGGUGUCCUCACCUCAAACAGGCCCACCCUUAGUAUCACAGGAGGAACUGGCCAUUCUAGCAGUUAUAACUCCGGCCAAGACCAGUCAGUAUUCAGGCUCCAGGGUCAAAGCGCUCAUCCAGAUCCUUCAGCAUCAGCUGGACCAGGAGGAGCUGCUCAAAGACUUCAUGGCUCUGGAGCAUCUGAAGCCUUCUGACAACUGCCUGGUGGGAAAAGCACCGGAGAACAGAGACAAGAACCGCUACAGAGAUAUCCUGCCCUAUGAUCAAACGUGUGUUGUCAUUGGAGAGAAUAAAGAGUACAUCAAUGCAAGCUAUAUUCGCAUGCAAGUCGGAACCGAGGAGUUCUUCUACAUCUCUUGCCAGGGGCCUCUUCCCUCCACUGUGCAGGCUUUCUGGCAGAUGAUCUGGGAAAACAAAUCUGAUGUCAUUGCCAUGAUGACUCAGGAAGUAGAACGGGGAAGGAUCAAGUGUCACAAAUACUGGCCGGAGAGGCGGAGCCUGCCCUUGGACACGGGCAGGUUCAAGCUUCACCUGGAGAACCAACAGUAUCUGGAAUACUUCCAAAUCAAAGUCAUCCGCAUGGUGGACAUAAAGACUGGUGAGACACAUUUCGUUCAUCACCUGAAGUUCACCCAGUGGCCUGACCACGGCGUGCCACAGUGCUCCGAGCAGCUGGUUCGCUUCAUCCGCUACAUGAGGGCGGUGCACCACAAGGGGCCAAUCACCGCGCACUGCAGCGCAGGCAUCGGACGUACAGGAGUUCUCAUCUGUACGGACAUCAUCCUGAACCUCAUUGAGAAAGACUUGCCUAUAAACGUGAGCGACAUCGUAAAAGAGAUGAGACGUCAGCGGCAUGGGAUGAUUCAAACCAAGGAACAGUACCUAUUCUGCUACAAAGUAUGGCUGGAAGUUUUACAGGGAAUUUUACAGCUUCAAGGCAACCAGUGGCAUCCGGACAGUCCCAGAGACCACAAAGUAGUUUGA